UUCUGAUAUGAUCAAGACCAAGGUGGCGAUGGAGCCGGCGGCCGUCACACGAUCCAAGUCUGCGCCAUCCAGGACAACGAGCACGGCGACGAAGCCUCCUGCGAUGCCCGAUAAGGUGUGUCCGAUAUGCUGCACUGCCACAGCGAAACUGGUUGCCAGCGCGCCCGCUUGCGCGUGCCACGCGUGCCACGCGUGCGUCGAGAGGUGGGUUGCGAUGCAGCUUCCUGCAUGCCGCGCCAAGAAGCAGCUUCGCGUUAAGUGCUUCGGCUGCGCAAAGAUGAUGUCCCAGCGAACCGUGCUGGAAAACAGCGCCGCGGCUGCCGACCUCGCUUGUCAGCUCGAGCGGCGCGAGAUCCUACAACGCAACGAUCUAUAUCCUGAGUCCGUGCAGGUCGAGUGCCGCCGCGCCGAGUGUGUGGGUAUUGGCUAUCUUGGCCACGCGACGAUCAUGUGCAUGAUUUGCGAGGAGCAGUGGUCCGCGGAGGAGAUGGUGGUGCACGCUGCCAUAGCGUUGGACAUGCAGGAGGUGGCGAAGCUCAGCAGCGGCGAGCUCGCUUCGAUCAAGGUCGGGCCAUCCCUCACCAUAACGGUGCGAAAGUGCCCCAAGUGCGACAUCGUCACGGAAAAGAAUGGCGGCUGCGACCACAUGCGCUGCGCUAGGUGCAGCCACGAGUACUACUGGUCGACGGGCAAGGCCUACCACUGAGCGCUGGCCGUAUUUCUACCUGUGUGGUGGUGCGGAUCGCGAACCGCAACGCGCGUAGGAAUAAAAGGUUAUACAAGUAUUGUCUCUGUGCUCUGUUACAACAACUUCUUCAUCGUUCG